AUGCUACAAGAAGCUGCAAUAAUUGACAGAGCUUCCACAAGUAUGACAAAGACUUACCGUAUGUUCCACGAUGAUAGUAUGAGGUCCUUUUUUCGUAGACCGUCUUUCACGCCAGAUGGUUUAUUUCUUAUAACUCCAGCUGGUUGUGUUGAGUCUGGAGAGAAUAUAAUGAACACUACUUAUAUAUUUUCAAGAAAAAACCUCAAAAGGCCACUGGCUCAUCUUCCUUGUCCUGGGAAAGCAACUCUUGCUGUUCGUUGUUGUCCUGUUUUCUUUGAGCUGAGGAAGACUAAAGAGGAUACAUCUCCACAGCAUUCUUUUCUGUCGAGCCUACCAUAUCGCUUGGUAUUUGCUGUUGCAUCAGAAGAUUCUAUUUUCUUAUAUGACACCCAGCAGUCCUUCCCUUUCAGUUAUAUAUCUGGCAUACAUUAUCAUACACUUAGUGACCUUUCUUGGUCUGCAGAUGGAUCUUUCCUUGCUGUAUCUUCCACAGAUGGCUACUGCUCUUUUAUCACAUUUGAAAAAGAUGAACUUGGAAUUCCACUGAAAGAGAAACCAGUUUUUACAAGUGUGACACCCACUACUGCAGAGAAGAAACUAAAGAAGGCACAGACGUCUAGAGUGGCAUCUCCAGUUCCAAGGACAGUGGAUGGAAGUCCCACUAAUAAAAAUCUUGAUGUUAACUCACCAAGUACUCCUUUGCAAUCAAAAGCAUCUUCAAAUAUUAUAGGAACCAAAGAAACUCCUUCUACUCCUCUGAAUUCCAGAGUUUCACCUCUUAAUUUGUCUCCAGAGGAGAAGAAACCAGUACAGUCUGGCAGUUCAAGUGCCAAAGGUCCACAGCCACGCAGAAUAACUUUGAAUACUUUACAGUCUUGGGGUACCAAACCUAGCACACCUGCCCCCAGGAGAAUAUCCCUGAUUCCAGUUAAAACAGAUGUGCCAGUCUCUUCACUGUCCACAGAAUGCUCUAUUCCGACCUUGCCACACUCCGAGGCACAUGAAGAGCAUUCUUCAGAAGACCCAGCAAGCAAGACACCAGAAGCAAAACGUCCCAGAACAGAUGAAAGCAAUGCCUCAUGUAAUUCCAAUAACCAGAACAAUUAAAUGAAGGCUUUCCAAGUUCAAGAACUACAGUAAAAAUGUCUGGGCAUAUUUUUGACAUAUAAAAGAACUGUGCAUUGCUUGCCAUUUUCUGAAUAAUGGCUUCUUCUUAGAACUAUGGACAUCUUUAAUUAUGUAUACAAGCACAAGGCCCACAACAAGCCCCAGCAGGAAUGGAAGAUGCAAAGGGUGUUGGUGCAGGUGCUUUUUUUUUAUGAUAAAGCUGAUCAGUGAUCAUCCUGUUGCGUUAUUCUCAGUCUGUAACUUGGACCAUUUCGUACCUUUUACUACUUGUUAGUAGCGGUGUUUCUGGGGAGCUGCCUUAGUGGGGUCAUUAUGACUAUAGACUGUUUCUCCAACUCAGUUCAGGCAAUAGACUCCACCCCCCCCCACAAAAAAAAGACUGAGUAGUUUUUCUUCCCCAUCAGCUGGUCAAUAAAAUGGUUGACAGUAAGCUACUUUGAGUAUCAGAACAUCCCACUGGCAUGUUAGAAACAUUUCUAAAAAUAGGAAGAACUUCCUAAAUUGCACUGCUUUUUACAGUGGUACUGAGUAGGUUCAUGACUCGGUAUUUUACGUUAUUCCUUUCAGGAUAACAUUUAGUAACAGUGAGUUAUAAAACUGACAAAGCAAUUUGACCCUGUUGUUUUCCCAUGCGAAUGGUUUUGUAAUGUUGGUUUUGACGUGUGUGUUUGCACGCGUGUGCACAUGCACACUCAUGCUUGCUUCUGUUUUUUUUUUUUUUUUUUUUUUUUUUUUCUGCUUAUGUUUAAAAAAUCUGCAUUGAGAUGCAAAAACAUUACUGGUCAUGCAGCACUGAGGAAGAUGAUCAGACUGACAUUUUUGUUGAGAAAAUGUUCCUGUUUAAAAAGGUACAGACUUUAUUCACAGUGAUUUCUGCACAAGAAGACUUUACUGUGCUUAAGUGCUUCUCGUAGGAAAUAUGACAUACUAAAGUUAUCUCUGGUGUUCUUUGAAGAAGCUACUAGCAGCUGUUUUCUACAUACAAGUAGGUCAGGAUUCCAGUGCUGUUAGCCUAGUGACACUGGAGAAUUUUUAGAAAGUGGAGAACGAGAGGUGCAAAUUAAAUAAAUCUGGAAUGGUAAACAUACACAGAAAUGACACGAUAGAGAAGAAAAUGCAACGUUUUCCCUAGCACCAUAGUAUUUCUUCACAACACGAUAAUGUGCAACAAAACAUGAAGUCCGUCCCAGCUAUUUAAGCCUUUCUGAAGUUGUUGCCUGGUCGAAGUAGGAAUUCAUUGACGUGAAAAGACAUCUUGCCGGAGCAAUUAGUGUUUAACCAAGGUGAUAACUGUUGUGAUGGGUAUUUUUGCACAUAAAGAAAAUGCAAGAAAUGUGCCUCAAGAUGUGCGGUAUUAAUUAAUACCCUGAAGUUAUCAAAUAUUUUUUCUAGAUCUUUAGUAUGGUGGUAAAAUAAUUCUCCCCUUGUUUAUUCCUCCUUCAAAGCAUAGCAGCUGAUGUCCAUGGCUACAUCCUUCAAGUUGGAAUGGCCCUCUUCACAGUAACAUCAAUUAAGGAAGCUGAGCAUUCAGAUACAUGGUAGCUGUUGUACUGUUGGUCUCUGCAGUGUUUAGAACUUGUUCAGUGUGUUUUUAUAUCACUGAUGCAUCAAGGGAAUCCAUGUUAUUUGAACAGACAUGAAAGAUGUACAGUAAUUUUAGUGAUGUCUUUGAAUUUAAAAAAAGGUUAAUUUCUGUCUCACUAAGCUCCAGAAUAUGACUUUAUGGAUCAAAUGUCCAUUGCACAUUACAGGUAGCAUUCAGGAUUAAGCAUUUUAAUACACACAACUGAAAUAUCUGAAACCGUUUAGAAAAAUGUAAAUUAUUAGUAAAAUUAAGAAAACUAGAUUGCAAGCCUUGUUAGCACUUCUUAUGGCAUACAUCCUAAAACGUACAUUCAGAUGCCUCUGCAGAAUUGUUAUGUGAUAAUAGUGUAGUCAAAUUCAAAUGUGUUCCCUUCUUGUGUAUAAUUGUAUCCAGUGUAAUAUAAAAAAAAAGUUUCUGUAACUUUUGUGUACGUUUAUGGAUAAUCUGGAUAACCAGGUUUUAUAUUAUAGUACUGCAUUUUAAUUAUUCCUAAACAGAAUUGGUGUACAAAACUGCCUUCCUAAGAUAAAUUAAAGUUACUUGUUUUUUUA